CAUCAAUUUUGCAAUAACACUGACUCAGUUAGAGUGGAGAGAAGAGAUUUUUUUCUUCAUAUUGUACAUGUACGUAUAUGUAGGUAGAACCUUCAAAAGAACGACAUGAUAUCGCAAUCAAAUAUGAGCUGGAACAACACCAUUCUUAACUGAAGUCGAUGGGAUUCAUAGAAAAGAAUUUCAAGAACUGUCAAAGCUGAAAAGUGGCCUCUCUUUUGGUUCUGUAUAAACAAGCUCAAGAUGCCGUCUGUUAUUUCUCAGUCACCAGAGUAUCUGAGCUUCAGAAGUUCAGUUCCUCAGAAAAGGGUGGUGGUAGACGAUGAUGCAAAUAAGUACUGGACGAUGUAUGAUGCAGGUCCAAGGAAUGUCAGAUGCCCAUUGAUCUGUCUCCCUCCUGUCAGCGGCACAGCUGAUGUGUACUUUAGACAGAUCCUUGGCCUUACAGCCAAAGGCUACAGGGUUAUUGGGUUGGAAUUUCCUGUACAUUGGACAGUUCAAGAAUUUUGUGAAAGCUUUAGGAAGUUGUUGGAUCACAUGCAUUUAGACAAGGUUCACGUUUUUGGUUCUUCACUGGGCGGAUACCUGUGCCAGAAGUUUGCCGAGUAUACAUUCCGUAGUCCGAGAGUAGCCUCACUCAUUCUGUGCAACACCUUCACGGACACAGAGAUAUUCCAGCAAGGCAUGGCUGCAUCAUCGUUCUGGAUGAUUCCUGGCUUUCUGCUCAAGAGGAUGGUCCUGUCUAGCUUCAACAAGUCCCUCAUGGAGCCCCAGAUAGCAGACUCGAUAGACUUCAUGGUGGAAAAGCUGGAUAGCUUGAAGCAGCAGGAGCUGGCUAGUCGGCUCACCCUCAACUGCCUCAGUUCCUACGUCGAACCUCAGAAACUCAGAGAUGUCGAUGUCACCAUCAUAGAUGUGUAUGAUGAAUGUGCCUUAUCACAAGAAGUGCGAGAUGACAUGUACAAGUGCUAUCCAGAAGGACGCAGGGCCCACAUGAAGAAUGGAGGGAAUUUCCCUUACCUGUGCGCCAGUGAUGAAGUCAAUCUGCAUCUUGAGAUUCAUUUGAGGAGGUUUCUUGAUGGCCGUUACAGUGCCAGAGAUCAUGCCAUUAAGGAUCCCAAACCUGAGCUAGCCACGGAAGCUGCGUCCACAUCUCAGAACGGCACAGGGACGAGCGAAGAAGCAGAAGCCUCGGAAAUGUGAAUGUGAACAAGCCUUUUCAGGAGACUGAAUGCACGCUUUUUCGAACAUCUUUUAUAGAAUGCGUCCAUACAAUCUUUACAUCCUCAUUUAAGCAAGGAAAUGAGCAGCAGUCUCAGAGAUGUAAACAUGCCUUCAUAGGAGAAUGAAAGUCAUAAAUAGCAAUUUGAUGAUUUUUUAAGCACUUACAGGUGCGUCUAUACAAAAAUUAUUUCCUGAUACAAGCAAAGAUUGAUGCAGAAGGCCAAGAAACAAAAACGUGCCUUUCAGUGAGACUGAAUUCCUGUGCAAUUCAAUGCUAUUCACCCAGGAAAUCAAAGUCUUGUAUGAACUCACCUUGCAGUCAUCAACAUGCCAUUUAUACAGGUGAACCAAUCUACCAGCAUCUGUGACAAGAAACUCAAGGUGAAGUCCACAUGAAAUGAGAGUUGAUACCCAAUCGAAAAGAAUAAACUGUUAUUGCCAUAUCCAUGUUACACGUUCGUAUCUUUACAAAUAAAUCCCCUUUUUUUCUAUGUGUAUAUUGUUGUGUCACAUGAAGAUAGUUUAUGACAGUCCUACAUCCAGCUCUGACAAUUUAGUUCUUAUGGUGUCGCAUGGUGUAUAUGUUGGCAAGAAGAAAGAUCCACGUAUUAUAUUUGGGUGUACAUGUUUAUUUGUGUAUACAGGAAUACCUCUCUUUAGGUAUUGGAGAAUAACGUUACAUCUCAAACUGACGAUUGGAAACAAUUUCACUGCUACAGAAGAGAAUUAGAAGGAAAUUGCCAAAUAGAUUUGUUUGUGGCUUUAUAUAUCCUGUCAUGAUUAUGAAAUAAGUUCAAGA